AUGGACACCGACGCCAUUGAGCAAGACCUGUUCUGGCAGGGCCUUGGCUCCCCGCCGCAGCUGCUCGACACUGACGACGCGUUGGUGCCGGACCUGUUGGCGCUCCUGAGCGCCGACACCACGUUGGACAACGCCGCCGCCUGCGACGCCGACACGCCGCAGCUGUCUGCGCCAUUCCUCGUGCGCGCCACCUCGGACCACUCCACCGACGGCAGCGCCCACAUGGGCGGCGAUUGCGUCCGCAGCAGCAGUAGCGCAGCAGCAACAGCAGAGUCCAAAGCCAGCGCCGGCGCCGACGCCUGCGCCCCUGUCGCGGCAGCCUCGUGCUUCUUCCAUCACAACGCGGUCGUCACCACCACCCACGCGGCGCUGGCGCCACAGCUGAGCGCGCCCGUCUUUGGCUCCUGUGUGCUGCCGCCAGUAGUGGCACUGCCACUGGUGCUCACACCGCACAUCGGGCAGCAGCAGCUUCCAAUCCCGUGUGGAGACAUCAAGCAGCCGCAGCAGCAGCAGCAGCAGCAGCAGCUUUGCCAGCCAGCAGCCUCGCCAUCGGAGAGCAGCGACCUCACGCACAUCUCGGCUGGCGGCUCCGCCGCGGAUGGCUUGGCGUCCCCCACCGCGUCGCUCGCAGCCGCCCCCAUCCCCGUGCCGGCCUCCACCGGGGCCAAGCGCAAGCAGCAGCCCGCGGCCCGCGCGGCGCCCGCCGCCAAGGCCGCCAAGCGGCGCGCCUCCGCCGCGGCCCCCAGCGCGGCCGCCGCGGAGAACGACAGCGACGCGGACACGAGCAGCGACGACGACGAGGACGAUGGCGGCAGCGAGCAGCAGCCCCUGACUAAGGCGCAGCUGGCGGCGCUGCGCCGCCGCGCGCCGGAGGUCAACUGGCGCGCCAUAUCCGACCCCGCAGAGCGCCGCCGCCAGCGGCGGCUGGCGAAAAACCGCGUGACCGCUGCGCGCAGUCGCGAGCGGAAGAAGGAGCAGUGGGCCGAGACGGCGGCGCGGCUGGCGGCGCUGGAGCAGGAGAACGCGGCGCUGCGCGCGCAGCUGCGCGGCCUGUCCGAGGAGAAUGCCGGCCUCAAGGCGCGGCUCGCUAGCCCCUAUAGGGGCGCGGGCCCCGCCGACAUCCCCUCUGCCGCCCCCUGCGGCGCGUCCAGGAGCUACCCCGAGCCUGCCGUGCUCGCGUGCUUAGCUAUAAUGCACUUGGUGGUGCUCCUGGCCGCGCCGUCCGGGCGCGCAGGGUGUGAGGGACUGGGCAUGAUCCGUCGGGCGGGCCGCGCGGCUGCCGCGUGCAGCGGCCGCGUGCUUACCAGCUCUGGUUUCGCCAGGAGCCGCGGCAGCGACGGCGGCGGUGUGGCGGUGGCGGCGAAGGGCGAACCUCAGCAAGGCGGGGGCCCCUGGUGGGGAACUUUGCCGCAUGGCGCACGGCCGGCACUGCCACACCAGCAGCAGCAGGGGCAGCAGCAGCAGGGGCAGCAGCAGCAGGGGCAGCAAGGGCAGCAGGGGCCGCGCAUGUUCGCUGGCGGCCGGCGCCCCACGCCUUGGGCGACGGGUUUCAGCAACGACGAGGAAAGAGAGCUCCUUUGGGCCGGGUACUCGGACCUGUCCGAGCAGCUGAGCCAGGCCCACUCCCACAACAAGACCCUGCAGGCGGAGCUCGAGUCGCUGCACGCGGCAGUCCAGCGCCUGCAGCAGCGCCAGUCCCCGGACUCCGACAACCAGCAGCGCAACGCCGCGCGCGCGGCCGCGGGGCCGUGGCAGGCGGCGUCCUUCCUGCUGCUGUUCCUGAUGGUCAUAAACAUUGCAGGGGCGAUCGCGUCGUUCCAGCUCGCGGCCUCGUCUUUCACAUGCUUCGGUUGGGGCGCGAAGCAGCAGGUGGCAAAAGGCCUGCUUGUGCGGCCGAUGAUGGAGCUGGUGUCGUCCGCCGUGCCGGCCGCAAACUCGAUAGUCGUGAUCGUGUUCUGCAUCCAGGCGAUCAAGGCGGCCUGGAUGUGCCUGGCGUUUUAG